AGUACUUCCUCUUUUAAAAAUGCUUCAAACUUUAGUUCCCAAUAACAAAGCCUCUUGGAAUUUUGUGUUUAGCUUGCUUGCUAGCUAACGAAUGAGGCUGAGCUUGCCAGAAAUGCAAAUCGAGUAAGAUUUGCCAUACGACACAGCAAUGGCAUAUACAAUAUACAUGUUAGGGAUAUUUCUGUAGCUUGUAUGUAAUUUUAGUUUAUAGUACAAUUGACGUUGCGUAAUCUGACAACAACAACAGCAACCCCGAGUGGCUCAAACACUGGCUAGCCAGCUAGUUAGAUAGCUACCGUUAACUGUAACGAAAUGUUCAUAUAAGAGCUAGCUAUUAAAUUUAGCUCAGUAUAAUCCGACUCGGUUCUCAUUCUUCAAUUUGAACACAUUUCGCUGAAUUUGCCAAGCAGCUUUUCAGCUUCCUGGUCUACUCUUCUCCUGCUCCUCCUGUCCUUUCUCAUCUUGGUCCUGUGCGCUAUGACAAUGCGUGUGGAUGCCAAAGUAGUUAUGCUUGGGAAGGAGAGUGUAGGAAAGACCAGCCUUGUAGAGAGAUAUGUCCACCACCGCUUUCUAGUUGGCCCCUACCAGAACACUAUUGGUGCUGCAUUCGUUGCCAAACCAAUCCAGGUGGGAGAAAAGGUGGUUACCCUGGGAAUAUGGGACACGGCUGGAUCAGAGCGCUAUGAGGCUAUGAGUAGAAUCUACUACAGAGGAGCCAGGGCUGCCAUUGUCUGCUAUGAUUUGACAGACACCAGCAGUUUCCAGCGAGCUAGAUUCUGGGUGAAGGAGGUGCAAAACUGUGAAGAGCACUGCAAGAUAUACCUGUGUGGCACAAAGAUUGACCUGAUUGAGAGUGACCGGGGCCUGCGGCAAGUAGACUACCAUGAUGUUCAGGACUUUGCUGAUGAGAUUGGGGCUCAGCAUUUUGAAACAUCCAGUAAAACAGGCAACAACGUGGAUGAGCUGUUUCAAAAAGUUGCAGAGGACUUCAACAGCAUCUCCUUCCAAUUCAUGACCGAAGAGACAGGUAUUGACUUGGGUCAGAAGAAGGACUCUUAUUUCUAUUCCUGCUGCCACAGUUAAGCCUUUACUGGUAGACAGCGGUCACUUGCCCUAAAACCAACCUGGAAAUGUUGAAUGGAUGCUACACAUCCCACCUGGAGCCGUUCAUUUAAAAUCAGAGAAAGAAAGAGAGGAGUCCAAGCAGUACUGUGUUUUUUUUGGUUGCUUUUUUCAGUUGUGCCAUAGAAGGCUAAAUGCCUACUGCAUUUAAAGGAGAGUUCAUAAUGAUUGGACUUCCCCUCUCCCAGGACAAAAGACCUGCCAAGGGUGAUAUCGGAAUGAAGCAGACAAGGAAAUAGCACGUCAACCCCACUUAAAAAAAAAAAAAAAGUUAUUUUCCUCAGUGUCUAUCAAACCACCUUAAGGCCGCUACACACUUCAUGGAAACAGAGCGACGGAGCGUCGUAUACAAUCCAUUCCCACAUUUUUGCCACACAAAAGUACGUAGAACUAUGUGUGAAAACGACUCUGUCGCUGCGUUUAUGUAGUUGGCGUGAAGUUUGUAGGGCCCUUUAGGGACAGUUCAAAGUUUACUUGGGGGGGUAGGGUGUCCAACUCGAGGUCUCAUAAAAAAAAGUACGUCCACAAAUAACAAGAACUGUUUAUAAAUGUGGAUGUCGACUUUGCCACUUCAGCAUGCUUUUGUGGCACAUACGAUGCCACGCAGGGCUACAGGGGCAAGAAGGUUGAGGGUUCGCCAACCACCACGAACAAGCUUACUCUCCCUGCCUGUUUCGUUACAUUACGAUCAGAGCCAGCUGCAGACAAUGCUCAGCUAGCUAGAAAUCUAAUUUCAAACAGUUUGAUGCUAUAAUUAUAUAAAAUAUAUACAACACAUUUUCCACCAACAGGUUUCUGUGCCAAUGCACCAUAAGCAAAGCAUACACAUUUCAGGCGCUUCAACAUCAUGGUUUGCGUUUUCAACACCACAAUGAAAUAUACUGUCAAACCCGCCCUACCCUGCAGGCCUACCCAGUAUCAAAGGCUUGGCUUGAUAAUCUCCAAAUGUCAUUAUGCUUUUUGUUGUUACACUUUUUGAUGUUAAACAGAUGUCUCUUUCCUUUCAUCAAAUGGCUGCUGCACAGUUUGGAUGCUGGAAUUAUAUUUUGGAUGAACGUGCGCAGGUAGCCUACAGGAUACUUUUGAUUAAAACAUUGUGACUGGUUGUGUUUAUGCCACACAUAAAAUUCAAUACAUUUUAAAAGUUAAAUGACAAAUAUUUAAGCUAUAUUGAAGCGUUAGGUUCUAGGUGCGUGAGGAAUAGCCGCUCUGAUGGAUCUCUCAAGGCAGAGCACGCGUUAAGCUUUCCUGAAUAACUGGGCCUGCUGGGAGCAUAUGUGGCCACAUUAUUAUUAUUAUUAUUAUUAUUAUUAUUAUUAUUAUUUUAGAACGACUUGGGAGAAUGAUGAUCCGCAACAGACAAUGCAUGUCAGUAUGAGAACUUAAAAUACAGCCAGACUGGCCUGUUACUCUGCCUUUCUAGACCUUAUAAACUGUCAAGUAGACCCACAACUGAUCCAAAUGUAAUGAAACAUUUGAAUCACAGGGCUUUUGCACCAUUAUUCAAAUAACAGUUUCACUGCAGUUUACAGCCUAGAGUAGAAUUUUGUACUUACUUGAAAACAAUAAUGCAAUUAUUCAUUGCAUUGUGGUGUUGUAGGCUAGUCUAGGUAGGAUCAUUUAAAUUGUCCCUGAAGGAGAUAAAUACGGGAGCUUUUUGAGCUGCGCAUCUCAUUUCUUCACUGUUCUUUCAUGUGCGAUGACGCACCUGGCCUCUGUUGAUAUUGAAAAUUGGUGCAACUUUGAAUGAUUUUAUGUGUGGUAUGAUGCUAGUUGGCCUAUUGUAGAUCUUGACAAAUGAUCCACCUAGCGCUAUUGUCACUAUGAGUGAUGGAUAGAGGGCAGGAUAGACUGGUAGACUAAAUUGACCUGUGGUAUAGUAAGUGCGCGGAAAAAGCGUAGUGCAUAAGAGAAGUACCAAAGCAACUUGAUAUAGGGGAGGAGCAUUGAAGCAGAUGAGGACUUUUGGCUAGGAUGGAAGAAAUGAUAUAGUAAAACCUGCAAAGGGGCGAAUGUAAACCAGGGAAAAAACACACUACCCUCCCCAAAGAAAAAAAAACAAAAGACAGACAACCCUCCCCUAUUUUGGACCACCUCACCCCAGUACACAUUUCGAACUGUCCCUUUUAUAUAAAUUCAUUAUGCCAAUGACAUGUAUGGCUUUUAUCCCAUAAUCAAAUGCCUUGAGUGAGUGUGCUUCUUUUUAAGUACUUGAUUUCAAUUAUUAUUCUGUGGGUUUUGGGGCCUUGAACACUAUUUUCAGUGUCUACUCUUUAGGUUGAAAUGGACUUGCCAUACUAUGUACCUGCACAUUUAUUGUCAUGUAACAUAUAUUUUCUUUGGGUCAUAAGCUCUGAUACAGUUGAAAGUAUGGAAUGCAACUACAAAGAUUGCACCAACACAGGAAACAGUUUAUGGGUAAAUGUUGUAAAAAGACAGUUAUGUCGCCAUGGCUAAAAGUACCAGAUAAUGCUGUUGCAGUAAGAAACCCUAUAUACAGACAGCUAUGUGUAGCUAAUGUACAAUGUAAUAUCCAGCAAGUCACUAAUUUAAUGUUUUACGGACACUUCAUCACACUGUGGCUGACCAUUGUCAUUACUUCACACACAAUUGGAAGUUUAAGCUCCUGUGAAUGUAUUGUUAAUGUUUACACUUUGCGACACCUUUGACCUUUCGAGAGAGUCUGGCUAAUGGCUGAUUUUUACUUGAUUUUACUUGACCUCACUGAGGUUUUUUGUCAGUCCCACUGAAGUUGUGCCUGUAUGAGACUAGUAGUAAGCAGCAGCAAUGGGCCCACAGGCUGGUUUUCCCUUGAGUAAUGAAUCACAAAUCCAUCAUUAGCGGUGUAUAGCAGGCUCCAUUAUUGUUUACACACGCGGCAUCUUCUAUGUUGUCACUCCCCAAGGACGCAGACCUGGUGCCUGAGAAAGAGGGAUAGUUCACAUAGUUCAUUUUAUGAAUGUUUUACAGGACUCCGUUAUUAGAAGGUGCAAGGGGUACAAGCACUAAGCCAGAGGUUGUUUGCAGUCCCACAUCUGUCUGAGGCCUUGUAGAUAACAUGCAUAUAUUUCCAACACUACAGGUCCACAGAGUCCGCUGAUAUGAUCAUUCAUUGUGUGGACUCCAGUGACCAUGUUUUCUAGCAUGUUGUAAAUUGGAAAAAUAAAGAUUUGAUUUCUGCAA